GAUACGUUUCUCUUAGAAGUUUUUUAUAGUAAUUAGAUGACUAUAACUUUAGAAUUCGCUUUGUUGCAUAUAUAUUGUUUUUUUAACUAACGUGCUUUUGUUGUUAAUAAUUGUAAUUUUGAUCGGGUGAAUUUGUGUGUACAAAUUUAAAGAAGAAAAUUGUUUUGGAAAUCCACCAUUGAAAUAACCAAGUAGUGUACGAGAACCAGAAAGCGGUCCAGCGCGACAACGCACGAGCUGGAGCGGGUGUAACACAUGGAAUGUAGCACUGGUUCAGUAUGAAUGGCACUAUGGAAGAGCCUAUGAAGACUUCUCUACCAAGCUCACCAGUAAACAAACACAAUCAUGUAAAAGUUACCUCUGAGAACUGUGAUGAUAUUUCAAAUCACUGUGAGAUUAGCAAUAAUGAAGAUAAUAGUAAUCAUAUAGAUAGUGAAUCCAGCCAAGGGGUAGUGACUAAUAGUAAUGUUGAUCAUUUGGAAAAUGACAAUAGUAAUGCCAGUGGAAUUGCCCAGCUAAACUGUCAAACUGAAAGCAUAUUAGAAGAUCCUGAAAAGGAAAAUGGCAAUAAAAUUCCUGUUGAGAAUCAUUGUGUGAACAGUAAUGAAUCAUAUCCAGACUCAUACCAGACUAGCCCUCAGCCCAAGUCUGAGACAAUGGACCCAGAGAACAUGCAGGCUGUGGAUGAAAACAGUAAACAGGAAAGUAUUGAAAAAGUAUAUACCACACCUAUAGAUACACAUCAAGAGGACACAGAUGAACUUGAUUCUGAAGAAGACUCUUCUGAAGAAGGAGAAUCUGAAAUGUCUCAUGAACAGAAAGCUGAAGACACUGUGAGUAUUAACUCAGAUUCAGAACUUGAGCAUGGAGACUAUUUACAGGAUGGUCACAUAGAAAAUAAAAGUAAUGAUAUAAUAAUAGUAGAUAAUGAGAAUAGAACUAAGAGCCACAAUGGCAAUGCUCAUGAUUCUCCUAGUCCAGAGAUUCAUGAGAUUGAUAGUGAUAAUGAUGACUGUGUUGUGGCUAAUGAUGAGAACCCAACUGCAGAAAUUAAGGAGAACAAAGUUCAAUUACGUCGCAGUAGUAGAGCCAUAAAACGAAAGAGAUAUAAUGAUGAUGUAGAAAAUGGAGAUGAAUCAGAUGUAGAGGAAGUAGAGCUAGAAGAUCCUUUAACUCGUAAAAGCAAAACAAUUGUUAUUAAUGAUACAAAAACCUUGGUUGAGAUGGCAGCGAAACAAAUGAAAUCUAAUCAUGGUAACAAUCAGAAGAAGGAACCAACUGUAGUAAUUAUAGAUACUAACUCUAUUAUAUCUGGGAAAAGUUUCGGAGUUCAACAGGGUAAAAAUUUAACAUCAUCUACAAAUUCAAGCAUAAGUGCACAAGAGUUGUAUCAGAGUAUUGUUGCUCGGGGUACAACAGUAACCCCAGUAAGCAGUAAAAACAAUAUGUCUACACAGAGUACUGCUGCACAAAGUACACAGCCUUCAAUUUUGCCGUCGUUGACAGACGAUAUGUUUGUUGUUGAGGCACCAUCUUUUAUAGUACCUUACGUAUAUGAAAAACCUUCACUUAAACCGUUUAGAGAAUUUGUAGAUAUAUUAGGUAAAGAACUAGAAGAACAAAGGGCCAAAGAAGAAAAGGAACGUAUGGAGAAAGAAAAGGAGGAAACUGAAAAAAGAGAAAAAGAAAAACAGGAAAGGGGUGAAAAAGUUGAUGACUCAGAAGGGGAAUUGGAAAAAGAGAAAGAUGAUGCUGUUUCUAAGGUAGAAGAUAUCAAAGAAAAUGUAGAAGGAGAAAAGAAGAAAAAAAAAAGAGAUCAUCACAGUAAAAAUGACGACGAUGCAUCAUGGGAUGGAGAAAGUUCAGCAGAUUCAGAUGAUGAAUUGUUAAGUGAUGAGGACAAAACUGUUGUAAUAAAAGACAAAGCCGACUCAAUCGAUGACAUAAAAGAAGUUGCAGAUUUGACAGCUGAAAAAGUUUGCUCUGGAAAGACAGAUAACUAUUUUGACUGUUCACUUGGUAAAUUUUUUAUAAACAUUGGCUUAAAUCUUGUACAAGAAUAUGUACAAACUGAUUUACUAAAACAACAGAAUCGGAAACUUUAUAGAGAGAAAAAGUCUGGACAGAGUACUAAAGCUACAGAGACAUCUAUAGCUUCACUCAAGAAAAAUUUAGAAUUCAGUAAAGAAAACAAUGCUCCUUAUUCAUUUCCACAGAAAAAAUGUGAAUUUUGUAGUUUUAAAACAGAGUCAUCACUUGUUAUGACUCAUCACUUGGAGACUCCACAUAUGAAGAAUAAUGUUUAUAAAUGUAACUUUUGUACAUUUGAAAUCCGCAGUCCUCAUGACAUUUUAUACCAUAUGGAAGCCGAGCAUAAUAUCAGAGGCAAGCUAGAAAGAGCACCAGCUUAUCAUCAGUGUGCAAACUGUCCUUUUGAAGAUAAUGGAAAGGGUAAACUUGCUCGUCAUCUUAUACCAUGUGCGAAAAAGUUUAAACCUGAUCUAAACUUAUCUCCUCCCAUCGAAUGGGAGCCACCAGCAAAAAUACCAAAGAUGGCAAGGGCCCGUAAUAGUAUAAUGAGUCCUUAUCAGAGUGCAUUCAAUCGUAGUCAAGUGGGUAACAACAUAAGGCCUGCAAUGAAUUUACCAAAUUUAAUGGCAGGAGUAAGUUCUGGAUACCGGCCACGUGGACGAUCUCCGAUGCCAGUGCCAUCACGCGCCACGUCCGUCCAAGGAGUACCUAUAAUACGCGGCGGUGUUGUUGUCAGGCCCAACAAUCCAACGGCCCAAUCAAUUCUUAUGUCAUCUAACUAUUCAGCUACAAAUAAUGGCAAACCAAAGUCAAUGCAUCAGCCAUCAAUUUCCAUAACACCUUUACCAAGACAGCCCCAACCUGUACAACCAACGCCUACACAGCAAUCCAAAGGUGCCUUUGUUAUUUGUGAAAUUUGUGAUGGAUACAUAAAGGAUUUGGAGCAAUUAAGAAAUCAUAUGCUAUGGAUACACAAAGUAAAGAUACAUCCAAAAAUGAUUUAUAACAGGCCACCAUUAAAUUGUCAAAAAUGUCAAUUUAGGUUCUUCACUGACCAAGGGUUGGAGCGACAUUUAUUAGGUUCCCACGGGCUUGUUACCAGUUCCAUGCAGGAGGCCGCAAAUAAAGGAAAAGAUGCAGGCAGAUGUCCAGUUUGUGGCAGAGUUUACCAGUGGAAGCUAUUGAACCAUGUAGCUCGAGAUCAUAACUUAACUCUCAAACCUGCACAUUUAUCAUACAAAUGUACAGUCUGUACGGCGACAUUCAGCAUGUACAAGCAAUUUGAGAAUCAUGUAUAUUCAGCACAUAGUGUUGUUGCAAAGCGCGUUAUGGACAAAAGUAAGGCGAGUUUACCACCAACAAAAACUUCUCUUCUCAAACCUCUCAAAAUUAACGAUGAGAUUACCAUAAUACCCCAACCCAACAAAUCCACGACACCGACAGCAACUAAAGAAAAAUAAGCCCUCCAGCAUCUUCAUAAGCGGCUGAAAGCUUGCCUUGCCUCCUGGAGAUCAUCGCUCACGCUUCUUGAAGCAGGACUAAUUUUUUCUUUUAAAGCUAUGUAGAUAAUAUAAAUAUAUAACAUAAUCACGUGUUAACUAAGUUUCAGGUAGUCAUAUGAAAUUUGUGACUGCAGACAACACGAGAUAAUGUUAAAUAUCUGAUCUAUUUUAACCACAUUUUAUUAAUAUAAUAAUGUUAGAUAAGAAGACAGUCUUAGUAUCAUCCCAUUUCUCUAAUAUUAGUGUACAUUCCGUAAAUUGACUUAGACUCGGACACGAUAUCGAUUUUUGUAUUUUGUCACAUAUACAUAUAUAAAAAUAUUACAUUUUUUAAAACCGUAUACAUGUACAAUACUAAUAUGCAUGUGUAGUUAAAAAAAUAUAUUACAAGUAUAGUUCCAAAGGAACGCGUAUCACUGCCUAGGCUUACAAAGCCUGUGAUAUAUUAUACCGCGAUUAUGUAUAAUAAAUUUAUAUUACUUGUUCUCAUAGAUAUAGUACAUAUAGUGAAGCAUAAUAAGAAAAUAUAGAAACGAUAAUCAAUUGGGAACACAGUAAUUAGUAUAAUAUGUAAAUUAAUUAAAUUACUAAUGAUAAUAUUUUAUAAAGGGAAUGUAUACUAAUGAUUAGCAGGAAUGAACCAACACUCACGUAAGUGUUAGGCAUAACCACAGUAGUUGAACCAUUAUCUCGUGAUACGUAUAUUUCUUCUACAACUCACCAAAUAAGAAAGACGAGACAGAUUUAUUAUAUACUGUUAUUAAGGGAAUCAUUGUAAACAUUUAGUUAUGUAUAGACUUCGCUCGAUAUAUAAAUUAAAAAAAAAACAGUGUUAAAUACAGCGAAUUUCUGAACUAACAAUAAAAUAACAUUAAGAGAUACCUAUAUCCAAGAUAUAUUGUACAUUUUGUUUAAUAUGUAUUAAUGUUUACACGUUUCAGAUAUCUAAAUUAUAUAAUAUACUGCGUCCGUGAUGUAGACACAGAUAGGAAAUAUAUGUAGGUAUGCGAACAGAUAAAGUUAAUUACUGCAUAUAAAGUAUAUGCAGUAGCUGAAGACUCCAGUGCAUAAUACUCUCGUUAUCACUGUAAGACCAAGUAACACUAUGAUAGGUAUGUUUCAUUCUUGCCACACGUGUUGUGGAAAUGAAGAGAAAUAUAAAGACAACUGUGAUUAAUUUUCAUAUAAUUUGUUUUGAAGUUGCUUUAUUUAUAUCCGUAUUUUAUGUAUCGAAGGAGUUUACUGUCUUAAUAUUUAUAUUAUAUUUACUUUAGGAUAUACAAAUAUUGAUUUAGAAACACUGGAUAUUUAAUUGAAUUGUUAAUUAAGAGGUGACACUAGUAUUGUAAUUCUGCCGUCCGUUUACCAAAAGGCAUAAAGCUUGAUUAGAAUGACUUAUCUUAUGUACCGUAAAGUUCGAUUUAAUUCUUAUUUGUAUUUUCAUAAAAUAUUAAAUACAGAGACAUACUCGGAUCCAACCAAAACCAUUUUAAUUAAAUAAGAUAAUAAGGCAACGAAAAUCUUUACGGAAACAUAAAAACCUACCUAUAUUUCCGUAAGAAUUAUAUUCUUAUAGUAGGUAUUGUAGUUUUAUUUGUUGUCUAUUCUAGUUAACGAAUGACAGAAUUGCACAUUGCCGUUGUCCAAAUUUUACUUGGUGUUCCUUGGAACCUCACAAUUAGCUAAAUUAUUUUAUUUUAAUUAAACUUUACUUAGUAUUUCAAGAAGAGUAGUAGUCAAUUAAAUAUUAUAAAAUGUUUAUUGAUUUUUUGUAUCAAUGACACCAGGAUCGAAAGAUUAACGUAUUUUUAGACAAUCACUUUGUAAUUCGGAAAUUGUCGUUAAACAACCUAUUUUCACAUAAGUUCCGAUGAAAUAUUUUCUUAUAUACCGACCUAAUUAGCCUUAAAUUGUUAUCAUUGAUAGUAAGUAGAAAUAUUUAAUUUUUGGAAUAUUGGCAGUAUUUAUAUACUUUUGUCAAUACUGCUGUCUAUGAGUCACCCCACGUUUGAAUUUUAUUACAUUUGUUAGAUUACUAUAAUAUAUCAUAAUAAAUAUAAGUAUGUUAUGUUGUGUAGUUCUUGUUAGAAAUACAAUUAUUAAAUUAUUAAAACAACUAAGGUUGUAUAGUAUAGGGUAUAAAGACUGCAUAAUAAACUAAAAUAAAUAUGUGGAAAAUUAUGUGACUGAUUGACUACAGAUUAUUGAAUACAGCUCCUCAUUGAACAAAGUACAUUUAUAUCACUUGUAUAAUCAUAUGUUAUAUAUUAUCCUCAUAUGUAUGGAACUCACACAUUACCUCUAUAAACUGACAUAACUAAUUUGAUUAGACGCAUACAAUUUUGACAUUGCGGUUGGCAAUAUAUAUUUUGAUAUAAAAAUGUACUUUUUUCUAGGGACUGUUAAAUUUGUUUGGUGAAUUUAUUGAACAGAAUUUAAAUGUGUAUCAUUUUAGUAGUAGGCCUUUAUUUUGCUGCAUGAUAAUUUAUCUUCAAGAUCUAAAUUUGGUUUAGUCCAUAAAGGAAGCAAUUGUAUGUGUCAAUGACUUUUUAUGUGUGAAGAACCCAUUAAUUCUUUGAAUGAAUUGAUUAGCAUAAUCAAAAGGUUACCUAUGAGUGUUACAAUAAUAGAACCAUUUUAUAAACACAAAAAAUGAAAUAAAAUAAAAUAAUCACGAGGACGAAAUACUUCCGAAAGUAUUUUAUGCAACUGAUUUAAUUGAGAUUUUACUUCAUUAGGUACUAAUCAGGCUCCUUUUCUUUUAAAUCCGAAUUGCCUGAUGGAAUCCGAUUUUGCCUAUAAAUCAAUCGAUACUUAUACUUUUCUGGUGUUAAUUUUUUUGUGAAUAUUUUAAACAGAAUUGAAUAAAAUACAAGCUUAGUAAUAGGUCUUUAGUUUACUGCAUAAUAUUUUUUCUUUAAAAUCUAUAUUUUAUUUUGUCUAUAGAAUAAGCUUAUUUAUUGUUUUAAUUAGCAUAAUAAAGGAGUUACCGACGAAUGUUACAAAAUGUAACUAUUUUACAAAUCCUUCAAAAACAAAACUAAAGUAAAAAUAUUAUCACAUGCUCCAAAAUACUUUAUAAUAUAAAAGUAUUAUGUGCGCUUGAUUUGAUUGAGAUUUGAUUUUCGGGAUAAUUUGUAUAAUAAGUUUGUCAUUGUUUUUAAUAAUAAUAAUAAAAGAAACACUUGUAUUCGUGAAACAUUUUUUACAAAAAUCUUCCAUUCUGUAGCAUGUCUUUGGAAUUUAAAAUUAUGGAUUUUAAAUUUAUUUUCUAGUUUUU